AUGGAGGCACCAUUAGAGCUGGUACAUGUAGACCUGAUGACAGAUUUCAAAGGACAUGCCAACUACCACUACGCACUAGUUGCUGUGGACAACUUCUCCUCUCUGAUCUAUGUGGAACCACUCUGCACAAAGCGUGCCACACUCAUGGUGCUGAGGAGGUGGAUAGCCAGGAUGGAAUGGGCAAUGGACAGGAAACUCAAAACACUCCGCAGCGACAAUGGAGGAGAAUGGUGCAGCAUAGCAGCCAAAGACUGGCAAACUCAAGAGGGUUUCAAGUGGCAAAAGAGCGUCCCGGGGAUCAGCGUCCAAAAUGGACGGGUGGAGAGAGCAAUCAGGUCAGUCCAAGAAAAGAUGCGCUUGAUGCUGAUUGGUCGAGCUUGCCCCAGAGAGUUGUGGCCGUAUGCAAUCACAGCAGCAGCACACGUGAUGAACCUUACCCCGUCAGCCACCAAAACCAUCCCCCAUGAGGCCUUUUAUGGAACCACCGUGCACAAGCUGGCCCAGCAGCUGCGAGUCUUCGGAUGCUUGGCAUGGGUUCAUGUUCAACAGAAGGACCAGCAAGGCAAGUACGGGGCUAGAGCAAAGCCAGCCAUCAUGAUUGGGUAUGACGACGAACACAAAGCAUGGAAGUUUUGCAGCCCAGACCAGCCUGCGUCAAUUCAAUGGAGCAACUCAGCAACGUUCCAUGAGGACAAAGGAUGGAGUGAUCGCCAACAAGAGGCAGUCAGGCCUGUGGUGACCACGGAGGUCGAGGAGGAGGGUGUCAUGCCAGCCAUAGUGGAGGAGGAGACCAAAUCAGAGGCUGCAGUGGAGGAUCUCCUACCAGCCGUAGACAGCACAGUAGGCGCUGCCAACACAGCAAUACUGAACCUGGACCCAACGCUUGGGGAAGCAAUGAAUGGAGUACCACUUGUGGACUCUAAGGUUGUGCUUCGGCUGAAGCUUGACGCUGAUGGCAUACCUGUUAAGCACAAGGCGCGACUGGUUGCAAGGGGCUUCACACAGAGAGAGGGGAUUGACUACCAAGAAACCUUCUCUCCAGUAGCACCCCUCGGAGCGAUCAGAGCCAUCUUAGCACUAGCGGUGCAGAACAACUGGGAGGUACAUGCUCUGGACAUCACUAUGGCUUACUUGAACUCCAUGUUAAAGGAAGCAAUCUACAUGAAGCCGCCAGAAGGAUCAGGAGUAGCACCCGGCAAGGUGUACAAGGUAGUCAAGGGUCUAUAUGGCCUAAAGCAGUCUGGGCAAGAAUGGAAUCAGGAGUUUGACAGGUCUUUGCGACACAUGGGAUUCUUCCAGGUAGAGUGUGCUCCCUGCAUCUACACCAAGGGACAGGGUGAAGAUAUGGCCAUUGUGGUCAUCUACGUCGAUGAUACAUUAGUCAUAGCACCACGGCUGGAAACGGUCCUAAAGGUUAAGAAGCAGAUUGGUCAGAGAUGGCAGAUGGAAGAUAGCAGUGAGGUCUCUCACUUCCUGGGCAUCAAAAUCAGUCAAGACCAUGCGAUGCACACCAUGAUGAUUGGUCAGUCAGGGUACAUUGACCAAGUGCUGGCAAAGCACCUGGACAAACAUACAAAGCCGACCAUGGUUCCAAUGCAGAGCAUACUGGAGGGAACCCUUGUCGCAAGUGCAGCACAACAGAAGGAGUAUCCGGUGAUUGUUGGCAAGCUGCUCUGGGUUGCCAACAGCACCCAGCCCGACCUUAGCCUUACCGUGGGUGUUCUCGCUAGGCACAUGUGUGAACCAUCACAGGAGCAUUAUCAGGCAGCACAAAGGGUCUUACACUACCUCGAAAGCACAAGGCAGGUUGGAUUGGUUUAUAGGGCAAGUGAGUCGCAAGAGCCACUGGUCGCGCACAGCGAUGCAAACUGGGUGAGUGAUGCCACCAUACAGAGAAGGAGUACAUUGGGGUCAGUGGCGUUAGUGUACAGGAAUCCAGUAGCCUGGAAGUCAGCGACACAAAAAUGCAUGUCAUUGUCCGCUGUCGAGGCAGAGUUCAUUGCAGCCAUGGAAGCAACAUGUGAGGUGCUCUUCCUCAAGCAGCUGCUAUGCUCAAUUGGCAUUGCCACAGGCACACCGACGGUCUACUCGGACAACACUGGUUGCAUACAGGUUAGUAAGGACCCAGCACAGCACUGGAAGCUUAAGCACAUCGACACCAAGUAUCACUUCGUCCAUAACAACGUCCAAGAGGGAAGGGUGCAGAUCAAGUAUGUAGACACCACAAGAAACUUGGCAGACAUACUCACAAAGCCCAUUGGGAGACAGGCAAUGCAGCAAGCAAGAUCUGGGCUACACCUGCAAAUACCGGCAGCAGUGUAUGAAACGGGGUCCCCGAGCUAUGCAACAGUGUUGAAGAAUGGAGGUCAUACCUUGAAACAACAGCAUAAUGAACAGGGUACAUAUACUGUUGAGGGGGGGAGUUGA